AAAUUAUAGUUAUAGCAUUGAACUUGUGUAUAGCUUAUUCAACGAAUCAAGUUAUCAGAUGUAAAUAAUACUACGUAAUUAAAAUCUACAAAAAGCAGAAGCAAUUCACAUAUCUAAGAUACAAAAUAAUUAAUUUUUAUCAUUUCUGGUGACUUUAUUCGUUGAAUGAAGUAUAGUUAGAAGGAACGUAUAAAAGAAAAGGAACAAUCGAUUACGUUUGUAGUGUACCGGUCUUCUGAAAUUGGUACAAAGUUACAUUAGUUUUUUGAUUAAAUUUUUUUUAGAACGUUAUAUUUGUAUGAGUUCGUAUUGGGUGUCAUGUCACUGCUUUUCAUUAACACAAGUAAUACCUUCUCUGUUCGUAAGAAAACCUCUUCUUGAAAUUGGAACUCGUCUUUUGUCUUCCAUGGCUCAAGCAUUGCAAACUCAUGGUGUCGUACCCGACGUUAUAGAUAAGGUUCCAGAAAAUGUUUUAAAGGUUACUUAUCCAAAUCAAAUUUCCGUUGAUAUUGGCAAAGUGUUAACACCAACUCAGGUUAAAGAUAAACCUAAUGUUUCAUGGGAUGGUGAUUCGAAUACUUAUUAUACUCUUUGCAUGACUGAUCCAGAUGCACCAAGUCGUAAGAAUCCAAAAUUCCGUGAAUGGCAUCAUUGGCUGAUAGGAAAUAUCCCUGGUUCGGAAAUUGCCAAAGGAGAUGUCCUUUCUGAUUAUAUUGGUUCAGGUCCACCAAAAGACACAGGACUUCAUCGUUACGUGUUUCUGUUAUAUAAACAACCUGGAAAGCUUACGUUCGAUGAACGUCGUCUAACUAAUCGAAGCGGACAAAAUCGUGGAAAUUUUUCCAUUCGAAAAUUCGCUACAAAAUACAAAUUAGGUGAUCCUAUUGCAGCAAAUAUGUAUCAGGCGGAAUUCGAUGAUUACGUUCCGAUUCUCUACAAGCAACUUGAAGAGGAUACGAAAUUCGGCGAGACUAAGUGCACGAUUGUAACAAAGAUGAAAUACUUUAUGAUACUAGGAAUUCUCGCCUGCAGUAUUCACAUUAUCACGGCUAAGGAUACUAGUACGGAAUUUGAAAAAGCGCUGAUCGUACCGAAUAUAUUAGACGUAGCACCGGCGGAGAAAAUCGAGGUGAAAUAUGGAAACAAGAGUGUUGAUUUGGGAAAUGAACUAACUCCAACAGAAACGCGACAGAUUCCAGAAAUUCAUUAUAAACACGAAGGAGGUGUACUUUACACGUUAGUAAUGACAGAUCCUGAUGUACCGACUAGAAAAGGAUACAAUAGAGAAUUUCGACACUGGUUGGUCGGAAAUAUUCCGGAAGAAAAUAUUGCCAAAGGAGAAAUAUUAGCUGAAUACGUUGGUCCAGCGCCGCCAAAAAAUACUGGAAAACAUCGAUACGUCUUCCUCGUUUACAAACAGACUCAAGGAUCCAUUACGUUCGACGAGAGAAGGUUAAGCAACAGAGAUGGCGCUCAGCGAAAGCGGUUCAACGUAAAAAAGUUUGCAGAAAAAUAUAAUCUGGAAGGUCCAAUAGCAGGAAACUUUAUGAGAGUUGAAUAUGAUGAUAACGUGCCCGCGUACGCGAAGCUUUUAGGAUUUUAAGGAUAUGAAGCAAUUUUAAAUCUUUAACGAUUAAUUAACAAAGGAUAAUCUUUUUAUUAAUAUUCAGGUGAUGGUACGAACAUAUUGCUUGUACAAACAUGACUACCGAUCUAUAAUGAGAACGGUGAAAUGAUAUUAAUAAAUGUUUCAUAAGACAAUA